AUGGGGGAAGAGGCGUCCCGAGGCCCCCCCAGGUCCCGGGAACAAAGGCUGAGUGUUUGCUCUGUGGCUGAAGGGAAAAUGGCCCCCGCAGUCGUGUCGCCGCGGGACGCCCUGAGCUUUUGCUGUGCACCUGCUGCGCGGAACAGGGAGCUGCCCCCGCCCCUGCCCUCCACAGCUGACUCCGGCUUCCCUGGCCACCCUCAGCUCAGCGGGGCCCCAGGAGCCCCAGUGCCAUGUGACACCUUCCAUAAGUGUGGAAUUCAGGAGAAUGUGCCUUUGAUCCCUGAGUCACCAUGUGGCUGGCAUGUGCCCUGGCAUGAGACCUCCCUGCCCUUCGCUGUCCUGUCGCUGGUGAACACCCCGUAUAAGCGAGGAUUUUACUGCUGGGAUGACUCCAUCCGGUACCCCUACCGUCCAGACACCAUCACCCAUGGGCUCAUGGCCGGGGCCACCAACACAGCCACCGUCAUCCUUGUCUCGGUGGGAGAAGCCUACCUGGCGCACACAGACCGGCUCUAUUCCCGCUCCGGCUUCAACAACUACGUGGCUGCCGUGUACAAGGUGCUGGGGACCUUCCUGUUUGGGGCGGCCGUGAGCCGGUCUCUGAUGGACCAGGCCAAGUACGUGAUCGGCCGCCUGUGCCCCAACUUCCUGGCCGUCUUUGACCCUGAGUGGAGCCGGGUCAACCGCUUGGUCUACGCGCAGCUGGAGAGGGUGUCCAGGGGAAACGCUGCUGACCUCACCGAGGUCAGGUGGGUGUCGACGAGCAGCCUUCACUCUGGGGGGCAGUGGGAGCUGAAGAAGCCCCAGAAGCCAGAUGGUGAGGAGCCAGCAGGCAGGUGGAGGCCCUGGGCUGGCCGGUUCCGUGCCCCCGGCCUCGUCUCGGAGCUGCCAUCUGUGCAGUGGGCAUGGGAGUGCCUGGCAGGGCACAGGCGGAGGCGUCCUCACCCGUCCCAGCUCUACGCGCAGGCUUGGCUCUGCUGGAAGUUGGCGCGGCUGCUGCGGCCCACGGUCCAGUUCUUCCUGGUGGCCUUUGCCCUCUAUGUGGGCUACACCCACGUGUCUGAUCACAAACACCACUGGAGCGACGUCCUUGCUGGCCUCCUGCAGGGGGCGCUGGUGGCUGGCCUCACUGUGAGCUUCUGA